CCCUGAUUAAACCCCUGAGGGGAAGAUCCAAACGUACCAAACCACACGUACUGUACAGACCACCUUCAUUCCUCUUCCCCUCCCUGUUUCGCUUUCUCCCUUUCAACAACAACUCCUCCCUUCUUGUGUCUCACCUGCUCGUUUACCAUCACUCUUAUAAACCCUCUCUGUCUCACAAUCCGUCAGACAUUGGGCACCUAUUCUGAUUGUCGUCGUCUGUCUUUGUGUUAUACUUCAUCCAAUGGGCCCGUCAUGGACCCCUCACAACGCGAUGCGGAGCCUGCGUCAUUCACUGCGACUGUGUCCGAUAACACCACCACCACCACAACCACCACAACACAACCUACGACCGCGAUAAACACAUCCAGCUCUAAUUAUCCUGAGUUCUCUGCUUUUACUCAUACUCAGACUCUCCUAACCGACCACUCCAUCGCCACUCCGCAUCCACCAUCUCCCCCCGAUCGUGUAUCGUCGCGCUUAUCGCCCCCCGAUCCCCCCGCGCGUUCGCAUCCGCCCCCUCGGCGCAUCCCCAGUUCUGGUUCCCUGGCGGAUGAUCGCCGCAAGUCCACCCCGGGCUUGAAGAAGCGCUCAUCAACCGCAUCGCUGCACUCCAACCGCGGCGCCUCGGCCUCUCCGCGUCCGACCACCGCGUCGCGACGCUCCUCCUCCUCCCCCUUGGGGUCAUCUCCGCCGACCGCCGCCGCCGCCAACAGCAUGCCCGCGGCCACCGCGACGGAGCGCUCCCUGCCCACGGCGGCAUCGAUCGCAGCCGAUUUCCUGCAGAAGGAGAUGAACUGGCAUCAGUCCACCGACGUCCAAGCCUCCACCCUGGUGCUGCUACAUGAUGCGUGCUACGGCCAUCGCUUCGCGCGCCCCCGCACCUCCCGUGCCGCCCUGAAUUCCAUCGUCGAACGCCCGGAGCGCAUCCAAGCCACCGUGCUGGGCAUCGCGGCCGCCUACGUGCACCUGGCGCGCCGGCAUGCCGGGGGUCGACACGCGCCGCACCCGGAACUGGAUCCGCGCCAGCUGCCCGUGCCGCCCUUCCAGAUCCGCCGGACCGCGCGCGCCCUGUCGCUGCAGUCGCCCGCCGUCGCCCAUGUGCACGGGUCGCAGUGGAUGGAGGAGCUGAAGAGCAUGUGCAAUGCGGCGGAAUCGCGACUCGCCCUGAACGGCAAGGAGCUGGUGCGACCCCGCAGCGCGGGCAAGGACAGCACCGCUGCUGCGACUGCCGCCAACAGCGCGCCCGCCCUUCAUGAAGGGGACCUCUAUCUCUGCGCGGAGUCGCUGGCAGCCUUUGAAGGCGCCCUGGGCGGCGUGACGGAGGCCGUCGAUGCGGUCUUUGGGACGAGCCCGACCAAGCGAGCGUUUGUCUGCAUCCGCCCGCCAGGCCACCACUGCUCCUCGGGCCACCCAUCGGGGUUCUGUUGGAUCAACAAUGUUCACGUGGGCAUCGCGCAUGCGGCGAUGACCCAUGGUCUGACUCACGCCGCGAUCCUGGACUUCGAUCUGCAUCACGGCGAUGGCUCGCAGGAGAUCGCCUGGGACCAGAACUUGAAAGCCGGCACCGCCGCCCGGAACGCUGCGGCGCACAAGAAAACCAUGGUGGGAUACUUCAGUCUGCAUGACAUCAACUCGUAUCCCUGCGAGACGGGCGACGCGGACAAGGUGCGCAAUGCGAGUGUGUGCAUCGACAAGGCCCACGGCCAAUCGAUCUGGAAUGUGCAUUUGGAGCCCUGGAAGACCAACCAGGAAUUCUGGGAGCUGUACACGACCAAGUAUAGCAUUCUGUUAGAGAAAGCGCGCGCAUUCCUACGACUGCAUACGCAGCGACUGGCCAGCGCCGCGAAUGGUCCCCCGCCCAAGGCGGCCAUUUUUCUGUCUGCUGGGUUUGACGCCAGCGAGUGGGAGGGGGCCGGCAUGCAGCGGCAUCAGGUGAACGUUCCGACCGAGUUCUACGCCAGAUUCACGGCGGAUGUGGUUCGGCUGGCGAACGAAGAAGGGCUGGGAACGGACGGGCGCGUCAUUAGUGUCCUGGAGGGCGGCUACAGCAAUCGCGCGCUGACCAGUGGGGUGCUCAGCCACCUGGCGGGGCUGAGCGAGACCCGGGAGACUGUCGAGGACCAACAGAUCGAUCGCUUGGCAUCUGAGAUGACCGACCGUCUGGGCUUGUCUGACACCCUGCCUGUGGAGGUGGUGUUACCCCAACCUGGUUACGACAGCGGGUGGUGGGCGCCGGGGAUGCUGGAGGAACUGGAAGCGCUGGUGUAUCCGCCGUUGGCGCCUGCCAAACCCCGGGAGAAAGCGGCGCCGACCUAUUUCCAACCCACCCAGUCCUUUACCGCCAAAGUCGUGAACCCCUCGCGCGACCGCCGGUCGAUAGGCUCUUAUUACAGCGUCGAGCCCGAGGCGCGCCCGCCCUUGCCGCCGGUCGGCUGGGCCACGUCCACCCACGAGCUUUUCAAAGUGCUGAUCCCGACGCAUCGGCAGACGACCAGCUGUCGGCCGGAGGAGCUGAACGCAGAGGCAUCGCGCCUGCGACGGGAGCGGCAGGCCGCCACGGCGGCGGCUCGCAGCGCGACCCCCAGCACCAAUAGCGCACCGCCCGCACCGCCGGAGGACAACCGGAUGAAACUGCGGGUGCGCAAGCCCAAGCCCUCGUUGCCGCCCAGCCCCCAGGCUGAAACGCCGAAACGGCCAGCGGUGCGCAGCACGCGCAGGACGACCAUCGAUGCCCCUCCGGAGCGGGGGCAGCAGACGUCACCGGUUGUGCGGACCGCGCGGAGGAAGAGUGCGGUGUCCGCCAGCCCUUCGGUGGCCGCAUCAGCGGAAAGCGAUGUCAGUGCACAGGAGCGGUCCAAGGCCGCGGCGGUCGCUGCCACUGGUGCGUCGAGGGUGGGCUCGCGAUCCAGCACGCCCCAGCGUGAGGGUGCACAUGGUGCGCCUCCUGUGCCACGAGUGCCGCCGGAGUUUCAGCCUAGCCUGGAGGACCAGGAGAGCAAGGAGGAGAGCAAGGACACCGGCGUUGAUAUCGACAAUCUGGCUGCGGGGGUGCGCAAGUUGCAUAUCAAGUUGAAGGUCCCAUCCCCGGAAGAGAAUACCGCUCGCGAGCGACGGGCCGCGGAGGAACGGAGGCGUGCGAACGGGGCCAAGGUCCCUACGAAGACUCCCAAGCCCCCCCGGUCGCCGAAGCGGGCGGGCGCGAAGAGCAGCUCGGCUGCGUCUGCGGCCACGGUGGGUAGUCGGGAGGGAGGUGUGCGCGGCAGCAGUGAGGCGGAGGCCAAGCCGCAGCCGCAGCAGCUGAUCGGGGAGGAGGGGGAGAUCAAACCGCAGCUGACCGGGCAGGAGACCACAUCGCAACAGCAGAAGACGAAAGCCCCUGCAUCAGUUAUGUCCCCGUUGUCGGUGGUCUCGUCGCCGGUUUCGGGGGGUGGCUCUGCAGGAGGGAGUUGGAAGCAUUUCGAUGGACCCGCGCGAGACGCGGUGCUGAUGUCGCCGCCGCUGACUCCGGGGCAGCCGCAGUCGAGGCUGUAUCUACCACCGGCGUCCGAGCCCCUGGGGAACGGGCUGCCUGUGUUGAUGUCGCGGGGGCCGAUUCGGUUUGCACCGGCGGGCAGCACUGGGGUUGGGGUUGGGGUUGGGGUGGGGGUGGGGGUGGGGGAUAAGAGGGAGAAAGGGGGACAUCAAGCGGAGGACCAUUGA